AUGUGGCGUGGUGUCACCCCGAACGAAGGUCAUGCUAUCGCCUGCUUUUCUCCGGAGGGCAGCGAGGCCCGCCGGUCACAAGGCCGCGGCGUGCAGGUUGAGACCCCGCGAUUAUGGGACGGUGAGGCGUACAGGGCGGAUAAGCAGGCUGGGCUGGUGGAAAAGAGGGCCAUCAGGCGAGGGCUCGGAGAGAUCAUGCCACUGCCCCGUGACGCGGGCAUGGGACGACAAGCCACUGUUGAUCACAGCCGGGCAAACAUGGAGGGUGUCGCCAUGGCAGCUGCGCAGCUGGGUCGAGGCAUCUGGUAUCCGUGGAGGGCUCCGAACUGCCGCCGCUCGAAUGCCAUGCCCCGUCUUUCCCGCCCAAUUCAGCAGUCCCACGCUGCAACGUAG